GUAUUGAUAACAUGAAUCUAAUAUCUAUGUACCUAAUUAAUAUUAAAAUCAAUUGUCAUUUCAUAAUUUAUUGAACGAAAUAAUUUCGAAUGCAAAGAAGAAGAAGACUAAAACAUGGCUCAAGAAAUGAAAAUGACGAAAAAAACAUCUAAUCGUUUUAAAAGUUUUUUAUUUAUAUUAUAUCAUGUAUUCAAAAAUUUUAUUUUAUUUUUUGUGCCUAAUCGAUUAAUGCCAAAAAAUUUCAAAAAUGUCAAUGAUCAAUGUAUUUUAAUCACCGGAGGUGGUAGUGGAAUUGGCCAACUAAUGGUAAUGAAAUUUUUGAAACUUGGUGCCAAAGUUAUCAUCUGGGAUGUUAAUGUUGAUAAUCUUGAUCGUACACGACAAAUGGCCAAAGGGUACGAUGAAAAACUUUUUUGCUAUCGAAUCGAUUUGUGUCAAAAAGAUUCGAUAUAUGAAACAGCAAAACAAGUUCAAAAUGAUGUCGGUCCAGUCGAUAUUCUGAUCAAUAAUGCUGGCGUUGUAACUGGCAAAAAUAUUCUUGAUUUGAGCGAUGAACAAAUUCAAAGAACAAUGAACGUGAAUGUGAUAUCACACUUUUUUACCAUAAGAGCUUUCUUACCCAGAAUGAUUGAAAGAAAAUCUGGUCAUAUUGUUACAAUAGCUUCGUUGGCAGGUGAACUUGGCGUAGCAUUGCUGACCGAUUAUUGUGCUUCUAAAUUUGCUGCCAUUGGUAUGGAACAAUCGUUGCAUUUUGAAUUGGCCAAAGCUAAUCUCGAUAGUCAAAUUAAAACUACUAUAGUUAAACCAUGGUUAAUAACAACCGGAAUGUUUUCUGGUGCUCAUUCUGAUCUCAUACCGAUGUUUAGUCCUGAAUAUGUAGCACAAAAAAUCGUCGAAGCUAUCCUUCUUGAAAAAUCUGUUCUUGUUUUGCCAUGGUAUUUAGAAUAUAUAAUGCAUCUCGAAGAUAUUUAUUCUUCGGAUCUGGUCGUUUGUUAUGAAGCUGUUCGACGUGUAAAAAAUUGUGUCAUCGGUAGUAAUCGUUUGAAAGGAUUAGUGUUGGAACAAAAUGUUAGCGAACGUUUGGUUCAGCUCAUGGAACCGACAACAUCUAACACUGAUAUUAGUCGUGAAGCGAUGUUAAUAAUAACAAGUUUAGCUAAAGGAACUGAACAACAUUUAAAAACGAUUAUUGAUGCUGGAGCUGUUCCACAAUUGCUACGAAAUACACAAGCUGAAAAAUUUGAAUUAAUUGAAGCUUCUCUUCGCGGUCUUCGAACCAUCUUCAAAUCACGUUUAGCACCAAUUGAAUUGAUAUAUCAGACCAAUGAUUCAACCCCAUUACCCAUCGAUCAACCAUUACCAUCAUCUUCAAAAACCACAGACACUCAUAAAUUAUUUCAGAAUUCAAAACUAGCACAUCUAUUUGCACUAGCUCGUCGCAAUAUAUCACCCUCAAAUUAUGUCAUCAAAGAAUGCAUUGCCAACAUUUUGGCCUCCUCUUGUCAGUCUACUGAACAUCAGAAUAUAAUGAAAGAUUUAGGCGCAAUUCAAAUAAUAGCAUCAUUUUUACAUCCAGACAAUCGUAAUGCCUAUCAAGUAAAAUUAGCUGCAUUGAACUGGUUAGCUCAAUUGUGUUUUGAAAAUGAAACAGUUUCAUUGUUGGUAGCUCAAGAAGUUUAUUUGGGUCAAUCAUUUCUGGACAUGUUAUUCGAUUUGAUGAGUGCUUUACAGACCUUUGAAACGCAAUUUUAUGCUGCCAAGUGUAUGACUUAUAUUUAUCGUUCACAAGCUAUGGAUUGUCAAGAUAGGCGUCUACUUUAUCGAUGUCUACCAACAUUAAUUUAUUUAUGUAAAAAAGACAAAGAAUCUUCACUUCGUGCACAAGCAGCUGAAGAAUUAGCAUAUUUGAUUGAUAUAGAUGUUUCUCUUCAGAAAACAGCUAGUAUUUGUGAUCAUUUGAUCAAUUCAUUGGCCGAUAUGCUCCGACAAUCUUCCAAUCUUUUCUUUGCAAAUAAUUCUCGUGCUACUAUUCCGGCAGCCGGAGAUAAUAGUCGCAAAAGUUCAAUCACUUCUGAUAAUAUCGCAACAAUGACAACAAUGCUUAUAGAUGAACCGAUGGAUACCACUAUAUUAAGUAGCUCACCAAUUCCACCGCCCAUUUGUAGCGUUAAUAUGAUGGCUUCGACUGCCGGUGAAAAUAAUGAAACGAAUGCAGUUAAAAAUGAACUGCGACAAGCAGCAUUUAAAGUUUUUGCUUCGCUUGGAGCCAAUGAUGAAGAUAUACGUAAACGUAUAAUUGAAACAGAAAAUUUAAUGGAUGAAGUAAUGAAUGGUUUAGAAGAUUCAAAUUUAAAAGUUAAAUUAGCUGCAUUAAGAUGUUUGCACUCAUUGUCACGAUCUGUACAACAAUUGCGAACCAUGUUCCAAGAUCAUGCCGUGUGGUUACCAUUACGAACAUUGUUACAAAGUCCGACUUAUGAAAUAAUUAUGCUGGCAUCAUCUGUGCUUUGUAACCUAUUGCUAGAGUUUUCACCGAGUAAACAGCAUUUUUUGGACCGAUUUGCUAUCGAAUUAUUAUGCGAUCUCACCAAACGUGAUGAUGUUCAACUACGGUUGAAUGGUGCUUGGGCAUUGAUGAAUAUGGCCUAUCAAGCUGAUGAAGACCUAAAGACACAGAUAUUAAAUUGCUUGGGAACAGAUCAAAUAUUUCGUUUGCUUUCCGAUUCCGAUGUGAAUAUUCUAAUGAAAACUUUAGGUUUACUUAGAAAUCUUUUAUCGACAAAACCGCAUAUUGAUUUGAUUAUGCAACAACAUGGUAAACAAAUAAUGCAGGCUGUUAUAUUGAUCCUUGAAGGUGAACAUUCAUGGGAAGUAAAAGAACAAGCAUUAUGCAUUUUGGUCAACAUUGCUGAUGGUAACAAAGCUAAAGAAUUUAUAAUGUCAAAUGAAGAUGUUCUCAACAAAUUAAUUUCAUACCUGUUGAAUUCGAACGUCAAUCUUCAAAAAUCUGCCGUAUUCUGCAUCAUCAAUUUGGUUUGGCAUGAAAAUGAAAAUUCAGCAAUCAGGCAGGAGAAAUUGAUAGAAUUAUCCGUGCCCAAGAUUCUACAACAAUUACUUCAACAAACACAGGUAUCACAGAUAAGCUCAUCUCAACAUGCAUCAUUAUACGAAAAGGUCAAAACAGCAUUACAGGAAUUCAAUUAUUUCAAUAACAUCAACAAUAAAUAACCUGAUAUUUCCAUUUUUAA